ACUUAUUUUUUUUAAUCGGAAUUCAAAAUGAUAAAAUUUUGAGAUUAUGGUGAUGCAUAAAGGACCUGAAACACAUUGCCAGAGGUGUAAUGUGAAGGUUUAUCCAGUUGAUAAAAUUGGCCCUUUAAAAGGGGCAUUCUUUCAUCAUCAAUGUUUUAAAUGCCGUAAUUGUGGAUUAUCUCUCAACAUGAAAAAUUUUAUUCAAAAUCAACUCGAUCCAGAUGACAAAGAAGUUUAUUGCAAUAAUCAUGUACCUAAAUCAUUAGCAGGGCAUGUUGGAGGAGAUGCUAUUGGAAUUAGAAGUGCACUUUCAGCACCAAGAAAAGGAGCCUCUUACAAUGAACAGAUAAGAGGAAGUGACAAAUAUAAUCCUGACACACAAGCAGUAGAGAUACAAAAUGCCUUGAUGAAUAUGAAAGUUUGUAAAGAUCAAGAUGAUAAAAUUAAAAAAGAAAAACUAAAUAAAAGCAAUAAAUGGUGUAAGGAGGAUCAAAAUAUUAAGUAUCUCAAUGGUAAUCACAAUAUUAACAAUAAUCAUGAUAAAUUAUCUUCUCCAACACAUAACAAUAUCAAAGAUUAUAACAAUUUCCAUGAUAUAAACUAUUUAAAUUCUGACAUUUAUAAAUUUAAUCAAUCAAGGGAUUAUAAUUCUUAUUCACCAGAUAUUUAUCCUUCUUCCAAAAUAGUAUCACAUGAUAAUCGUAUCAAAGAUAAUUACCAAAAUGGCAAAACACAUUCACCAAUUAAUAAUUUUUUACAACAAAAUAAUAGCACCCAUAAUGGUUUAAAUCAUACUAACAGCCCUAGCCCUUCUGAUGACACUGUGGAUUAUGAAAGUCAAAUAGACCUCGAGAAGCGGCUCAGGGCCGAAGAAGACGAGAUGUACGCCACUUUCGCGCGCAAAAGACUUCAAGAAGAGAAAAAUCUCGACGCGAAAUUCAAGGAAGAGUUUCACAAGGCGUUAGCCGAGCUGAGAGAAAAAUUCGAGCAAUCGUCAUCGCCCCACUCCAAAAUGUCAUCCGAGCCCUCCCCAUCCAAUUCGCCCAUCUCGAAUAUUGCCCGGGCAUCCCCUUGCCAUUCAUUCGUCAAAAAGCCGCUCGCCUCCACUACCCACCCGUCCGUAUCCGCGGACGCCAUCGACAUGCUCGAAAAACGUAUGACGAUUAAAAGGGAUCGGGAAAAAGACGCCCUUUCGCGGGUACUCGUCGAUUACGAGAGAACCGAAGCCGCCCGACUCAUGGAAAACCACGCCUCCCAAAUGCUCAGGUUUACAACUCUCCGAAGUCGGAAGAAAUUACUGAAAGGCGACAAUGACGCCGGUCACACUGGGGAAUAUUCGCAUACCCCGAACGGGAAGAUUGGAACUGGAGGAGGUGGAAGGAGAAAAGGCUUGGACGUUUUCGAGAAUCUGCCUUUGGCUAAAAACGCCCCAGUCGAUUCCAGUAUCAACUCUUGCACCAAGGGCAGUGAACAGGAUAAUAAGGGGAGUUCGUUGUUCAACAUCAAUACCGAAGCUCCCGCACCCAAACCACCUAAAUGCCUCAAAGCUCAGCUCUACAGCGAUCCCUCAAUUUUCGAAGAAAUAGACCAAAGAGCCAUCAAUAUCGCGUCCAAAAAUCAAAAUUCGUUUACCGACCUGGUUAGGCAAUUGACUCGCCAUUGUAACACUGACGUGCAAAAAGCUAGGGCCCUUUUUCGUUGGAUAACUAUAAUAAACCUGAAUCGCAUGACUUUCGACUCUGAUGUUGGUUCGGAUACCCCAAUGGGGUUGUUAAGGGGAAUCAAACUGGGAACUGAGAGUUAUCACAUGCUUUUCAAGAGACUUUGCAGUUACGCCGGCCUUCAUUGCGUUGUCAUCAGAGGGUAUUCCAAAAGCGCGGGCUAUUUGCCCGGAAUGAAAUUCGAAAUGUCGGCCCCUUCCUCGCUACUAAACCAGACCCCCUCCAGCGACAAUCUUAUCAAUUCAAAACGCUUCCGGAAUACCUGGAACGCGGCUUACCUAGACGGUUCCUGGAGAUUCGUGCAAUGCAAUUGGGGUGCCCGUCAUUUGGUUAACAAUUCCAAUAAUUCCAAUCUAAGAGGCGAUGAUAAGGGCAAGGAAAACGCUACCGCCAAUGGAAAAAUGGGCAGUAGCCCCGAAAUGAUAGCUGACGAUAACGAUUUGGAGGAUCAACACGGCGCGGAUAAAAAUCUCAAAGGAGCCGAAAACUUGCGCUACGAAUACGACGAUCAUUAUUUUCUCACCGACCCGGAAGAGUUUAUUUACGAAUUUUUCCCCAAACAAUCAGAAUGGCAACUGCUGGACACCUGCUUAUCCUUGCAGCAAUUCGAAAAUCUGCCCUUUGUGCGUAGCCUGUUCUUCAAGUACGGCUUGUCCUUUUCUCCAGACCCCAAUCAAGGCAAUAAUUCGACGAAUUCCAUACAUUAUUCUUCCCCCAAUCAUUCCUCACUUUCGACCAACGAUUGCAACUAUAACCAUUCGACCUUUAAAAAGACCGCGUUUUUUAACGUCAAAGGCGCCAUUCUUUUAGCGGACAAGACCGGGGCCGCCAACCUGACACUAGAAAUGCCCGAUGAUCUUGUGGCGAGUCUCGUUUUCCAUUACAAUCUCCGCUUUUACCACCAUCCUUCCCCCUCAACAACAAAUAACCCCAAUCUCAAUACUUCGCUGUCUUCCAAUAAGAGCGUUGAAACAACUAACGGUUACGCUACGCCCAACACCCUUGUAACCGGCAACGGAGACAGCCUAGAUGGUAUCAAUAUGAGACGGUACGUUAUGCAGACCCUGGUUGGGAAAUGUGUCAUUUUUAAGGUACAUUGUCCCAGCAAGGGGGAAUUUUUGCUCGACAUUUUCGCCAACCAAGUCAACUCUUCUGACUACGCCUCCGGAAAGGCGAUGCGAUUCAAAAGUGUAUGCAAGGCGAAAAUAGUCUGUUCGACCCUGGACAAAAUCAUGAUACCACUCCCGGAUUGUGCCAGCGGCGAGUGGGGACCUGUUAAGGCUUACAAAUUGUUCACUAUGAUCCCCGCAUCCCACGAGGAUGCCGUCGUGAAUACGCACACAUCUUUCCUUGUCAUCCGUUUCUGCUUCGCUCCUUUAACGUACUUCUCUCCUCGAACCAAGCGAUCUUUUGCUUCCGGUACGAAUAAUUCGGAUAGCAGACAAUCUGACACUGCAAAUUCGAGCAGACGAAAAUUGGUAGAUUUUGCGGCGGCUUUGCACAAAAACGAUGGCGAACAAACUAUCCUGUCCAAAUGCGUGCGUCCGCGGUGGAUUUAUACGCGAGAUAACCUGACCUCGGGGGAAGACCAUCAGGAUGCUUAUAAAAUGGCUUACCCCAGGGGAAGAUUAGAUAAUUAUCUAGAAGGUAACGGAAAGGGCAGCAGGGAAGAAAAGGCGGAAGUUGAAGGCAUAUCUUUCGAAGUUUCUCUCCCCGAGGAAGGCCAGUACGGGCUCGAUAUUUAUGCCCGAGAGGAGGACAACGCUUCCGGCAGUCACGGUCACAAGAAUUUGCACAGGCAUCUAUCUUCACCCACGGGUCCUAAAGAAAAGCAACUACUAACCCACGCUUGUAAAUAUCUCAUCAAUUAUAGAUUGGCGUAAUAAUCGCGAAUCAUACAAAUCGAAUUAUUCUUAUCAUUCAUUUUUUUAUUGUUACGGAAGAAGAAUUUUUCUUUUUCGGUUAUAAAUAAGAUAAAAAAGUUUUUUUAAUCGUGUACAAAUUAUUCGAAUUUAUUGCGAAUAUAUAUUUUUUUUUCGCGCAUUUUAUUUUGUCGAUUCUUAUUUAUUUUUUUAAAGAUAUUUUAUAAAAAAAACAACUUUAUAUUGUUUAUUUUCGAGGUGGUUCCUACCCGUCAUUCACCCAACCACCAUUUUUUUAAAAUCAUGGCUUCUUUUCUUUUCCAAAUAUUUAAUAUUUUUAUUUAUCCCCCCUCCCACUCCCUCUUAUUAUCUACUUCAUUCCAAAAAAAUUUUAGUGCAUUAAAUUAUUCCUGCCUAACCAGUAAAUUAUUAAUAUUCUUUUUUUUAAAAAAAAUAUAUAGGAUUCAUUAAAUAUUAUUAAUUGUAGUGUUUGUAAAACGGCUCCAUUUUUAAAAAAUGGCUACCCGAUAUUUUGACCAAAAAUAUUACGCAAGCCUGGAGAUUUAGUGUAUAGAUGGCAGAAAAGUUAGGACAUCUAUUAACGAAAUCUAGAAAUUUGCGUAAAUUUUUUGGCUAAAAUAUUGGAUUAGCCGUUUUAAAAUUCGAGCCGUUUAACAACACUAAUUUAUUUGAUUUGUAUUUUCGCUUUUUUUAAAAUAGUUUAAACAAAAAAAUCUAUUUAUUUAUUUUUUAGUUGAUUUAUAUAAAGAA